GGAUUCAACGUUAUCUGAUCAACUCUCUCAACCUAUUGAUCAUUUUACCAACAGUGAAAGUGAAGGAGUUGGUGACAAGUCAUCAAAUUCUUCAACAGUAAUGCUUAAUCCAAUAGGCCAAUGUGAUGAAAGCUUUCGUCAGCGACAAUCAGAUGUUUUCGCUGCUUUAGCCAAUUUGGAAGCAGCUCAUCUUGAAGUGUAUAAGGCUACAAAAGAAGAACGUAAAGCUGUACGUAAAGCAGCUUGGCGGCAUACAGUUACAGCACCAGAAAAUCUAGCUGAACAAAAGAACGUCGUAAGAUCACUCCAAUGAUAGAUGAUAAAGAGAAAAUCAAUAUGAAUACAGAAAAUUCUACUUUUCGUAAACCUAUCAAUCGUCCACCAUAUCGUCGAUUAAAUCCUAUACUUCGAGAUCCUAAUAAAUGGACACAUUAUAGUUUAGCUGAUGUUGAAGAAGAUGCACCAAUUUCAAGAGAAUCACAUUAUGAAAGUGUUCGGGGUGAUCCAAAUAGUUCAAUAGCUGUUACUUUGAUAAAUGAGCUACGAGAACGUCGAAAUAAUUUGAAAACUUCAUCAGAUGAUAAUAUUAAUGAUUUACAUCAAAAUAAUAAUAAUAAUAAUAGUAAUAGUAAUAAUAAUAAUAAUCGAAUAUUAUUUCGUCCUACUCAUGGUAAGAAAAGAGCACGUCUUAUUGAAGAAAAUACACUGAAAUCUAAUAUUCAUCUAGAUAAUCUUUGUAUUUCAAAUGUUGAUGAUGAUUUAUCAGAGAAUCUAUUGUCAUCAAUUAAUAACAAUAUUAAUCAAUCAUCUGAUAAUGAUCAAAUAAUCAUUGUAAAUCGACAUCAUAAAGGUCAACUACGUAAUCGAUAUUCUGAUAAUCAAUUAGAAAUCAAUGAAUCAAUUGAUCAAUCAGAUGAAAUAGAUAAUUCUAUUGAAAUAGAAUAUGAAGAUAUAAUUGAAGAAGAUGUUAUCAAUUCAGAUGAAAUUGAAGAAGAUCCUGAAGAUGAUAAGACAAAUGAUUAUUUUACAUAAUUUUAUGAAAAAAAAACAAAAACAAACUUUUUUUAAUAUAACUUUUAAUCUUUUGUUGAAUAAAAACAGUUUGUUUGUUUAUUCUGAAUAAUAAAAAGGUGAAGUCAGAUGAAGAACCAUUUCCUGACGACUAUCUCUAACUAAUGAUUUUACUCUACCUUUGUAUAAGCUUUUCAUCAAUGGAAACACUAUAG